AAAAAGACUGAAAAAGGCAGAAUAUGUAAUAAAAAAAACUUGGUAUAGUUUAAAAAUAUUCCUUUCCAUUUACUAAGGUUUUAGACAAUAGAAUAAGCAUAUUCUGAGCUAAAACAAGCACACCCUUUCCCUCCUCUCACUUUCUCUCUCUAUAUCUUCUUCUUUCUCUCUCCUCUUCAACUGAUCAAUCUCACCUCAGAUUUAACACCAUUAAUUUCAUCAAAUUUAGAUCACAAGAACCCUAAUUUCUAUUUUUAUUGGUGGGUUUUUUAUUUUUUAAUUUUUUCAGAUAAGUUUUAUCUAGUUAAUUAGCUCGUUUAUGAAGCCUCCUUGGCCGCGUCCGCUUUUUUUGGACUGCAGAUAUAGAGUUAGGCAAUAGAGAACAGUUGGAAAGUAUGGAAAUUGCAGAGUUAGAAGAAAACCUGUUUGCAAUUAGUGAUGCCAAGUUACAUGGAGGAAUGUGCAAGCUUUUUUCCAAUAUAUACUGUAAAGUGUUGAAUAUCUUUCCUGCUCUAGAAGCAGCACGCCCACGAAGUAGGCCAGGAAUCCAGGCAUUAUGUUCUCUGCACGUAGCACUUGAGAAGGCCAGAAAUCUAUUACAACAUUGCUCAGAGUGUAGCAAACUUUACCUGGCUAUUACUGGAGAUUCUAUUGUUUUGAAGUUUGAAAAGAUGAAAUCUGCGCUUGUAGACAGUCUUAAACGGGUUGAAGAUAUUGUUCCACAAUCAAUUGGUUGUCAGGUUCAAGAGAUUGUUAGUGAACUGGAGGAGACUGCUUUUACCCUUGAUCCGUCAGAGAAACAAAUUGGUGACGACAUAAUUGUGUUGCUUCAGCAGGGUAGAAAAUUUGAUGACAGUUUUAGUGACAAUAGUGAGCUUGAGUGUUUCCACCAAGCUGCAUCUAAACUUGGCAUAACUUCUUCAAGGGCUGCUCUUGCUGAAAGAAGGUCUCUCAAGAAACUCAUAGAGAAAGCUCGAAUGGAGGAAGAUAAACGAAAAGAAUCAAUUGUAGCUUACCUUUUAUUUCUGAUGCGGAAGUAUUCUAAGUUGUUCAGAAGUGACCUAGGUGAUGAUCAAGAUUCCCAAGGUUCUGGACCCUGUUCACCCACUGUUCAAGGAUCUUCUGAGGAUGGUCUUGGUGCUUGUAAUGGGAGGGCAUUUGACCGUCAACUAUCAAAAAUUGUUUCGUUUAACUUUAGGCCCUCGUUUUCGUUUAGGACAAAUAGGAGAACUGAGCACAUACCCAUUCCACCAGAAGAACUCAGAUGUCCAAUCUCAUUGCAACUCAUGUAUGACCCAGUUAUCAUUGCUUCUGGACAGACAUAUGAAAGAAUUUGCAUUGAAAAAUGGUUCAGUGAUGGGCAUAACACAUGCCCAAAGUCCCAGCAACAGCUUGCUCAUCGUUGUGUAACUCCUAAUUAUUGUGUGAAGGGUCUUAUUGCUAGCUGGUGUGAGCAGAAUGGGAUUCCUAUUCCUGGUGGGCCACCCGACACUCUUGAUCUCAACUAUUGGAGGCUUGCAUUGUCGGAUUGUGAGUCAGCACGGUGUAGGUCUGAGGAUAGCAGCAACUCAGGCAACCUGAAAGGGGUUAAGGUUGUUCCCUUGGAAAGUGGCAUUAUUGAAGAGAUCGAAGGGAAUGAAGGUGAAAGUUGUUCUUGCGAGCAGGAAGAGAGUAAUGAAAAUGUUAUUGGUAUAUGUGAGAACUUUUUGACUGUUCUACAAGGGGAAGAUGACUUGAGAACCAAGCUAAAAGUAGUUGAGCAUAUAAGACGGUUGUUAAAAGAUGAUGAUGAAGCAAGGAUGUUCAUGGGUGCUCAUGGGUUUGUUGAAGUGCUUGUAGGAUUUCUAAAGUCUGCACUUGGUGAACGGAACGAUUUGGCGUUGGAAGAUGGGGCAAUGGCACUCUUCAACCUUGCUGUUAAUAACAACAGAAACAAGGAAUUAAUGUUAGCCGCAGGGGUUGUCCCUCUGCUAGAGGAGAUGAUUUCUGAUCCUGGUUCUUAUGGAUUAGCAGCUGCCCUCUUUCUAAAUCUUUCAUGCCUUGAUGAAGCAAAACCAGUGAUAGGCUCGAGCAAGGGAGUCUCCUUUCUAAUCAGGCUUCUUGUUGGCAAAUGCGAACCACAGUGGAAGCUCGAUGCCCUUCAUGCUCUUUUUAAUAUUUCUGCUUGCCCAUCCAAUAUUCCUAACCUCCUUCAAUCUGGUAUUAUCAAUGGUCUACUACUUCUUUUGGUUGAGCCCAGAGAUCAGACAUGGACCGAAAAGUCCAUUGCGGUUCUCAUAAACUUGGCAUCAAAUAAUACAGCUAAAGAAGCCGUUACAUCAGCCCCUGGUCUUGUUGGUGCACUCGCAUCAAUUAUGGACAUGGGUGAGCCUAUUGAGCAGGAACAAGCUGUGUCAUGUCUGUUGCUUCUUUGCAAUGGGAAUGAUAAAUGCUGUCAAAUGGUGCUACAAGAAGGGGUAAUUCCGACCUUGGUGUCUAUCCAAGUCAACGGGACAGUUCGAGGCAGAGAGAAAGCUCAAAAACUUCUGAUGCUAUUUCGAGAGCAGAGACAGCGGGAUUCUUCUCCUCAAAGAGUACAUAGGUCUCCUUCUGUGAGGGAAUUCACAGCUCAAGUCCAGCCCCCAGAGCCGAAGCCCCUAAGCAAAUCAAAUAGUGAAAAGGUACUGCCAGUUCUUGAAACAAAGCCCCUUGGUAAAGCAGUUUCGCGAAAGAAACUGGGCAAGACAUUUAGUUUCUUUGGGAAAAGAAAGAAUUUCUCUGGACCUCAGUGUUAGCAAAAGCCAGGAAUCUCACACUUUCGCCACUCUUCAUCCUCGAAUGAUGUAAAUUCAUCUUGUAUCUUCUUAUACUCUUCCCUUGCCCAAUUCUUAUGGGCAGCUCCCAUUUUUGAGUCUUCUAAACAGAAGAAGAGAUGUACAGCUCCCCGCCAAUGUAAUUUACACAUGGAUGAUCUUUUUCCUUUUGCCUUUCGUUGGUCGCAAGGGCAGAGUUUCAUACAGUAUUAUGGUAGUUUUGCAUUAGAAGAGCCCUAGGUCCUUGGAUGAAGCAAUUGAGUGUUUGAGUCACUCUAUUUAAGUAAAUAUCAUGCAGUUUCAAAUGGUUUUUGGCGUUAAAA